AUGGCACAUUCACAUGCACGUGCACGUGCACUUGCUGCUGCUGUCUUCUUCACUAUAGCGGCAUCGUCGUUUUCAGCAGCAACGGCGCCGGAUUCCUCAUUUCGAUGCUUCGAUUCCAUUGUCAGCUUCGGCGAUUCGCUGUCCGACACCGGAAAUGAUCUUUUCCCUGGCCUACACCAGGGACCCUGCCUCGCUGCUAAUCCACCCUAUGGCCGGACCUACUUCCACCGCCCCACCGGAAGACUCUCCGACGGCCGCCUCGUCGUUGAUUUCAUCGCUCAGAGCAUAGGGUUGCCUCUACUCAAACCCUACUUUUCCGAAGCUCACCAGAAGGCGGCGCAGCGUCGCCGGAGCUUCAGCACCGGAGUAAAUUUCGCGGCGGCCGGAUCGGCGGUGCUUCCGUAUGAGUUCUACGAGAAGAUUGGAUAUCAGAAUCCAUGGGCUACAGAUGGGCGAAAGUAUCUGGAAAAAUGUUUGGUUGUAUUAGGACCACUGGGAGGCAACGACUAUAACCACCUCUUCCUGCAAGGGAUGACUCUUGAUAAGGUGCAAUUGGUGGCUCCACUAGUUGUUACUCGAAUCGGAUCCACUAUUCAGGAGUUGAUCAAGCUUGGAGCUGCGACGAUCCUGGUACCCGGGAGUUUGCCGGAUGGCUGCAUGCCGAUUUCUCUAACAAUACAUGAGAAAUCCAGCACGCCCAAUGACUAUGAUCCGCAGAAUGGUUGUCUGAGGUGGAUGAACCAGUUUUGCCGACACCAUAACCACCUUCUCCAAGAGGAACUGCAAAGAAUCAGAGAACUUCAUCCUCAUGUCAACAUAAUGUAUGCAGACUAUUACAAUGCCACAAUGCGAAUGCAUCUCUCCCCCAACCAAUUCGGAUUUGGAAGCCAAAUUCUUAGGUCCUGUUGUGGAGGAGGAGGGACGUACAACUACGACCCAGACAAGCGAUGUGGCACUCCUCAGGCAAAAUGUUGUCGUGAUCCUGCCGAGUAUAUUAGUUGGGAUGGGGUACAUUUUAUGGAGGCAGCCAACGGAUUGAUUGCCCAAGGAUUGCUUCAAGGACUUUAUACUGAUCCUCCUUUCUCGACCAUCUGCCUAAUUAAUUCCACAGCGAAGCCUCGCGCCAUUGCUGAGUACUAA